AUGUCUAAGCACUGGGGAGUCGAAUUCCCUGGGACGGCGCCAUGGUUACCACCUGGUCUGUCCGACGAGACCAUUGAAAACAAAUGGAACUGUCGUGUUCCUAAGCCUACUGAAGCAAAGGAAGACAACAAGAGCAAGAAGGGAAAACACAACGAAAAGUCUGGUAAUGAAGAGGACAGAGAGCCUGAAGACAAAGAGGUCAAAGGAUCUGACAACAGCAAUACUGACAGCAAGGCCAUACAUAUCGACCUCGACGACGAAAAUGAACCUGAUUUCGACAGACUGAACGAUAUGGAACUGAAGGCACUACUCCUCACAACAAACCAAAGACUAAACCAGGCAAGAGAAAGGGCAAACGCCGAAUCCGAAACCAACAGCAAAUUGAUUAGACGGAACCAACACUUGGAGUCUGAUAUUCAACAGAAUGCUGAGUCCAAUAACAAUAAGCUCAAGAAACUGUAUUCAGAAAACAGAGAGCUUCAAGUCAUCAAGUCAAAGCAGUUUCAACUUAUUGAAAAUUUCAAAAACAGGAUCCAGAAGCAGGAUGAUGAUUUAUCCAACACCGAGGCUAAGUACAAUAAGUUUGAUGACAUCAAGCUUAAAUACGACAACAAGGUGGUGGAACUCCUGGACGCUAUUUCUAAACGGAUAGACGCUGAAACCCAACUCAGCGUUGCCCAGCCAAAACAGGAGGACACCGAGAUUGAACUUAGAGAAACCAAGUCUCAGCUAGAAGACAUCUCGACUAGACUUCAGGGCACCAAGGUCCAAUGCAGUGCCAAUUCAAACCAUGAGGACGUUGAGGCCAAACUCAAAAACACUGUUUCCCAGCUCGAUGUUGCCAAGUCAAAACAGAAGGAUGCUGAGGCUAUGCUCAAAGUCACUGUGUCCCAGCUCACCCAGGCCCACGAUAGCGAACGGAUUCUUCGACGACAGAUCAUGACCUUAGAAGACACGGUCAGGGGCUGGCAACUAGCAUCAACACAGGCCGCGCAGGCCGAUACAGGUAUUCUCGCCCUAUCACUUCAUGGAUUAACCACACAAUUGGCAGAUAGAUUCGACCGGGUAGAAAACGCCAUGGUAGAACUCGCAAAGAAAGGGUAG